AUGCCUCCUCUUGUGAUGGUCGCCAUUCCAGAAUCGCUUUGGUCCAUCAAUCAUAGAACUCUACUUCUUUUACAGUUCAAGUUGCGUCUAUCUGUGGACUCAAUUAAAGGACAGAAACGUCAAAAGCAGCGCGAAAAGUUCUGCAAAACAGUCUACAGCGGUUUCUUGACUCUCACAGAAUGCUACGAGUCGUUCAAUUUAUCACAAAAUAUUCCGUGGGACACUGAAGACCCACUAAAUAUUUUCGACAGUUCUGACUGGAUUGGUAGCGGAUACAGAUUACUCAACAGCACUGCCGAGACCAAUCGAUCCGGUGAAGACAACCUAGACAAUACAUUAACACCCGUUUUGGCACCUUUCAAAUUGUGGCAGACCAUUUUAAUUGCCAUCAGUUUGGGAAUUUGCAUCAUACUUACGGUGUCCGGAAACAUUUUAGUUUUACUAGCUUUCAUCGUUGACAGAAAUAUUAGACAGCCUAGCAAUUACUUCAUAGCGUCGCUAGCAGCUACUGAUAUGUUGAUUGGAACUGUAUCAAUGCCUUUUUACACCGUAUACGUUCUGAUGGGUUACUGGAAUCUGGGUCCAUUAUUGUGCGACCUGUGGCUGUCAGUAGAUUACACCGUCUGCCUAGUAUCUCAAUAUACUGUUCUUUUGAUAACCAUAGACCGGUUUUGUUCGGUAAAAAUAGCAGCCAAGUACAGAAGUUGGAGGACUAAACAAAGGGUAAUCUGGAUGGUUACAAUAACGUGGAUAAUUCCAGCGUUGUUGUUUUUUAUAAGUAUCUUCGGAUGGGAACAUUUUACAGGAUAUAGGGAUUUACAACCAGGCGAAUGUGCAGUACAAUUUUUGAAGGAGCCCGUGUUUAAUACGGCACUAAUCAUUUGCUACUACUGGACAACGCUUAUCGUAUUAUUUAUUUUAUAUGGAGGAAUCUACAAGACCGCCUUUGAUAUGCAGAAGAAGAGCGAAGCAAAACAAAGGAAAAUGCAGUCGAUGGUAGCUCUAAGUGCGGGAGCUAUGAGUGGUAUGGCUGGUCGAGCUGCAGGAAUCGGCCUUUCGAAGGCUCAAAGCAACUCCGAGAGCCAAGAUAAACCUCUUCCUGUUCAAAAUGCUUCCGUUGUGAAUGAAAAACAGCCAGACAAAAAUACGCUUACAAUUGAAGAGGACAAAUCCUUUUGAACUAGUUUGAGUGAUAGUGCUACCACCACAACAACUACUACCACUACAGCUACAUCUUGCGACAGAAAAAGUCUUUGUCCUCCUGUUGGAAAGCCUGCCCAAGAUGCUGGAGAUAAAUCCGAACGGUCUAGUAGUCCUGCCUUUGAAUCCGACGAAGAUAGUACAGCGCCCGUUCAAGAAAAGGACAAGGAAAAAGAAAAGGAAAGAGAAAGGGAUAGGGAAAAGGAGAAAGAUAGGGAUAAGGAUAAAAUGUUGGCGAAUAAGAAGAGGACGUCUGUUGUUGGAAUGAUCAUGCAUUCAAGUGCUCCUUUACACGUUUUUACAAACACUAGAGUAAAUGGGGAUUUGUCUCCUCAACGGCCCGUGCUCGAGAGACCCACUCUUCUCCAAAUCACCGAAAGAGAUCCCUUGGUCGAUUCAAAAAAAUCAAAAACUUAUACGGUAGGUGUAAAACCCCCUCCACCUGACCAUCCAGCUGCCAUUGUAAAUAGCAAAAGUUACGACAGUACCCUGCAACCACAUGUAGAUAGUAAAAAACCCUCCAACAGCUUAAUUUAUAAAACCCAUUCAACUUACGACCUCCUGUUAGGCUUAGACAGCGCCGACCUGCGUUAUAUGGAUGAAAGUUCAGUAGUAGUCCCUUCCCCUACAUUAGAAAACCCCCCUCCGCCUUUAAGUAAUACAAGCUCUCCUCGUGUUGUGCAGGGUGAGCAGAAGCUUCAGACGGAAGUGACGAUCAGUGCUGACCGGCCGAUUACGUCAGUGGUCAAUGAAGAGGAUCGCGUAGGGGAGACUGAGGAUAGUUCGCCGCUAGGGGGAAUCUCAGCUAUAAGCCAAACAGGUAAAAACGGUCCCUUUAAUACCUCUUGUAAUAAUAAACCGAGGUUUUGUACAGAAUCCGUAGACAAUCCCAAAAGAGUCUUCGUUAAGUCAAUAGGAAAGAGACUGAAAGCCAAAAAGAAGACUUUGGGUCCACUGGGCUUCGGUAGGCAAAAAUCCAAAUCAGAAAAUCGAGCUAGGAAAGCCUUGAGGACCAUAUCCUUUAUUUUGGGAGCGUUUGUCGUUUGCUGGACUCCAUACCAUAUCUUUGCGUUGGUCGAGGGGUUCUGCACGGACCCUCCUUGUAUCAACAGCCAUAUUUAUAUGUUCUCGUAUUUCUUAUGCUACGCAAAUAGCCCUUUGAAUCCGUUUUGUUACGCUUUAGCCAAUCAACAAUUUAAGAAAACUUUUACUAGGAUUUUGAAAGGAGAUUUCCACUUAACUUAGGUGACUUUUUGUAAUGUUUACAAUGUGAUUAGAGUUGUGUUGCUGAAGGCUUGUUGUGGGAAAUGCUUUGUGAAGUGUUUUAUUGUAUUUAAGAUCAUUUUUGCAACGGUAUUUUUUAUUUUUCUAAAUUAUAUUGGGAUAUAUUUUCUUUUUCUUUAGUUAUAUAAA